UGCACCUGGAAAAGCAGCUUUCCCGGGUAAAGUUAACUUAAGUUACUGGCUGGGCUUGACACUCCACUACUUACCUAUACUCCAGCUUCGCAUUACAGGGUCCUUUAUUUACCAGCGGCUACACCUCCUCCUCCAACCCCAAUCAACCGAUCAACCACCCACACCACACACCACACACUACACACCACACACCCAGAAGGCCCAAGGCCCAAGGCCCAAGCUGAAGGCAAACAAACAUGCCACCCCCCCUCCCCUCCCACCACCGCGGCAUGACCGCCAACCCCCAACGACCGAGCCGCUACCGCCCCGGCAAGCCGAUCGCCGAAGAGCCUUCGUCCGACGACGAGGACGAGGAAGAUGAGGAGGAACAGCAACAAAAAGAGCAGGAAGAGCGCCGUCGUCGCGAGGAGCAGCGCCGGAGGGCGGCGGCGUUGGCUAAACCCCCACCCAAGGCUAGUUCUUUUCCCGCUGGGGCGGCUGGGGUGAAGGGGGUGAGGUUUGAGGAAGCGGAAGCUGAGGAGGAUGAAGAGGGGUUUGUUACGGAGGAUGAGGAGGAGGAGGAUGCAGAAAGGAAAGUGGGGGGCUCUGUUGCUGGCGAUGGAGCUGGAGCUGGGGUUUCGAGUGCUACUUCUACUGCUGCUUCUGGUUCUGGUUCUGGUUCUGUUUCGAGAGGGGGUGUGACGAAGGGGGCGCAGGUGGAGGAAGAAUCAGAGGAGGAAUCGGAAUCGGAAUCAGAAUCCGAAGAGGAAAGUUCGUCAGAAGAAGAAACCCCGCGCCGAGUCCUCCUGCGGCCGACGUUCAUCAAAAAGAACCAGCGCACCGCGAACGCCGCCGCCACUCCCGAAACCCAAACCCGACCCGACCAUCACGCCGACUCGGCCGCGGACGCGGAGGCCCGCCGCGCCCAGCGGCAGGAGAAAGCGGACGCGCUGGUGCGCGAGCAACUCGAGAAGGAGGCGAUCGCGCGCAGCGCCGCGAACCGGGCGUGGGACGACGACGAGCUGGAGGUCGCGGAGGAGGAGGCGAUCGACGACACGGACGGCAAGGACCCGGAGGCCGAGUACGCGGCGUGGAAGCUGCGCGAGCUGAGGCGCGUGAAGCGCGAGCGCGAGGCGAUCGAGGUCGCCGAGAAGGAGCGCGAGGAGAUCGAGCGGCGCCGCGAGCUGACGGCCGAGGAGCGCGAGCGCGAGGACCGCGCCUUCCUGGCCCGCCAGAAGCAGGAGAAGGAGGCCGCGCGCGGCCAGGCCGGCUACCUGCAGCGCUACUUCCACAAGGGCGCCUUCUUCCGCGACGACGUCGAGCGCGAGGGGCUCGACCAGCGCAAUGCCAUGGGCGCCCGCUUCGUCGACGACGUCGCCCGCGAGACCCUGCCCGAGUACAUGCAGAUCCGCGAUAUGACGAAGCUGGGCAAGAAAGGUCGCACCCGGUACAAGGAUCUGCGGUCGGAGGAUACGGGUCGUUUUGGCGAUGGGGUCAGCAGCCGCUUUGGCGGCGGGCAGCGGAGGAGGGAGGAUGCGCCGCUCGGGGUUACUGAUGAGAGAUUCAUGCCGGACGAGCGGCCCAGGGGUCCCACAGGCGCCAAUGCGUCGGUGGUGCGCGAGAGGCGGCGAUCCAGGUCGAGGUCCUACUCUCCCCGCAGAGACCGGUAUGGAGACCGGAGGGAGAGGCGACGGAGCCGCGAUCGCUCGGCAGACCGCUACAGGCCGGAUGGAGGCAGUCGCAGGAAGCGCAGUCCCUCGCCCUACGACGAUCGGGAGAAACGGAGACGAACAGAGGAUGCGAGAUCGGACUAGCCGGAGGUUCGGCUUGCAAUGAACAUGGUAUUUCUAAUUUUUAUUGGCGUUCUUGGGUAUCUGAGAGCACGGAUUGGGGGGGAGCUUUGCAUGUGGGAAAUCGACGUUUCUUUCCCCUCUUGUGUUAUAUAAGGUUCCUCAGCAUGGCGGCAUGUAUCAUACCUCGACGGGAUGCACAACCAAGUGAAGGACAUUUUGCUGGAUGUACACUCGGUGCACCUCGUCAUUGCCUCGCCUAAGGAGCAUCACGCCGCAACGCCGACGGCCACAUCUAGAUCAAAUCCGCU